GCUCGAGCGGAGCUGUCCGUAUCAACCAGUGCUGGAGUGUUUGCAUUGAUCUCAGCCGACUCUCCGGCUCCGCUCAUGUAGCAAUUUCCAUCUCUCGGUUAAAAAGACAGAAAUUACAAAAUAUGGACGAAGAGCUAAAAUGCCCCGUGUGUGGCUCUCUCUUCAAGGACCCUAUUCUUCUACCAUGCUCGCACAACAUAUGUUUGGCGUGCGCGCGGAACAUCAUCGUCCAGACCCCGGAGGGCGAGACACCUCCACACGGCAGCAGUAGCCGGGCGUCGGGAACCUCGGACUAUGACUACCUGGACAUGGACAAGAUGAGCAUGUACAGCGAGACGGACAGCGGCUACGGCUCGUACACGCCGUGCCUCAAGUCCCCGAACGGGGUGCGAGUUUUUCCGCCCACUAUGGUCGGCGGUGGCGGCGGCGGCGGCGGUGUCCAUCGCCAACACUGCUCAAUCACGUGUCCGCUGUGCCACCGCAGCGUCUCGGUGGAUGAGCGGGGACUCAAGGGCUUUCCCCGGAACCGGCUCGUGGAGUCUAUCGUCUCGCGCUACCAGCAGAGUCGCGCCGCGGCCGCGGUAAAAUGUCAGCUGUGCGACCGCAACCCCGUCGAAGCCACCGUGUUCUGCGAGCAGUGCGAUGUGUUCUACUGUGCCCCGUGUCAGCAGCGGUGCCACCCCUCCCGCGGUCCGCUCGCCAAGCACCGCCUGGUGCCGCCGAGCCAAGCGGCGAGCGCGGCGAGCGCGGCGGCGAGAGCGGGCGCUGCCCAGCAGCCGCCAACGCAGCAUCCUCCAGCCACCGCGCGCAAGCCAGCCACCUGCGCGGAACACGAAGCGGAAAACUUCAGCAUUUAUUGCAUGAACUGCAAGGUUCCCGUGUGCGCAAAAUGCAUGGAGGAGGGCAAACACGCCAAGCACGACGUGAAGCCCCUGGCCGUUAUGUGGAAACAGCACAAGUGCCAGCUCUCCCAGGCUCUGAACGGCGUCUCUGACAAGGCCAAGGAUGCUAAGGAGUUCCUGGUUCAAUUGAAGAACAUGCUGCAGCAGAUACAGGAGAGCGGCGUGGAGUUUGAGGCGUGUCUGGUGGCCCAGUGCGAUUCGCUGAUCGAGGCGCUGACCAGGCAGAAGGCCAAGCUGCUCACCAAGGUCACCAAGGAGAAGGAGUACAAGCAAAAGGUGGUCCGUGACCAGAUCACCCACUGCACCAUGAAACUCCGCCAGACCACCGGCAUGAUGGAGUUCUGCCUGGAGGUCAUCAAGGAGAAUGACCCCAGCGGGUUCCUUCAGAUAUCCGAUGCCCUGGUGAAGCGUGUGAGCUCGUCCCAGGACCAGUGGGUGAAGGGGGCCCUGGAGCCCAAGGUGGGCCCCGAGUUUGAUCUGACCCUCAGCACUGACGCCCUGCUGCAGACCAUCCUGCAGCUGGACUUCUGCCAGAACAAAGAGCCCUCCCUAUCCGAGAUCAUCUUUCCAGAUGGGCAGGAGACUUCCUUAUCCAAUCACACGCUCCCAGCGGGGUGUGAAGCCCAAUCAGAGGCAGAGGGGGUGAGCCCUGGAGUGGACUCCUCUCCGUCAGUGCCAGCGGCCCCUCUGCUGCAGCUUGAGAAGUGCUGCACCAGGAACAACAGCGCCACGCUGGCCUGGAGGGUCACUGCGCCCACGGGCAGCCCCAUUGAGGGCUACGUGCUCGAGCUGGACGACGGCAACGGCGGACAAUACAGGGAAGUGUACGUGGGUAAGGAGACUGUGUGCACUGUGGACGGCCUGCACUUCAACAGCUCCUACAACGCCCGGGUGAAGGCCUACAAUGGCAUCGGAGUGGGAGCAUACAGCAAGACGGUGGUGCUGAAGACCUCCGAUGUGGCUUGGUUCACCUUUGACCCCACCUCUGCACACCGGGACAUCGUCCUGACCAAUGAGAACCUGACGGUGAGCUGUAACAGCUACGACGACCGCGUGGUGCUGGGGACUGCUGCCUUCUCCAAGGGCGUCCACUACUGGGAAGUGUGCAUCGAUCGCUAUGACAACCACCCGGACCCGGCGUUUGGCGUGGCUCGCAUCAACACCCUGAAGGACACCAUGCUGGGGAAGGAUGACAAGGCCUGGGCCAUGUACGUGGACAACAACCGCUCCUGGUUCAUGCACAACAACUCUCACACCAACAGGGCCGAGGGGGGCAUCUCUAAGGGGGCGACGGUGGGCAUCCUUCUGGACCUGACCCAGCGCACGCUGACGUUCUUCAUCAACAAGGAGCAGCACGGUCCCACCGCCUUCGAGAGCCUCGAGGGGGUCUUCAUGCCCGCCGUCAGCCUCAACAGAAACGUCCAGGUCACCAUCCUGACCGGCCUGGAGGUGCCAAAGACCAUCAAGCAGUAAGGGCAGGAUGGGAGUUGAGAGGAGGGGGGGUUAUCCCAGGCUACAGAGGGAGAGGGAGCCCCCUCUGGAUGGGGACCAACAAGGGCCUCCGGAGAGACUUGCUCCAUUCAUUCAUUUUGAUGGACCCAUUCCAAUGAUGUCAUUUUGGGGGAUUAACACUGUUACCUCUCUCCACCAGGCCCUCUCAAGGUGCCCGGGUUUUUGGAGGCUGUUAUAGCAUGAUGGAUGCUGCUUUAGGAUAGGAGUUGGAUGGGGGGGGGAAACAAUGGAAGUGAAAGUCAUGCAGUGCAAGUGAAUUCAUUUGAAUAUGAAACCAUCGUCUGGACCUGCUUUGUCUGAACCGGUUGGGGUGGGGGUUGGUGAGGGGGCAUCCCAGCCCUCUGAAGUGCAUCCAAGCCCUCUUACAAAACACAUACCCUCUGACCAAAUCCACAAAGGAUAAUGUCCACACACACACACACACACACACACACACACACACACACACACACACACACACACACACACACACACACACACACACACACACACACACACACACACACACACACACACACACACACACACGGCUGUACAUAACAAACUGGGUAUUCCUCUUAAAAGUCGUUUUGGGGUUUUCACAUCUUCACGUCAAGUGUGCUUUUAUUUUGGUUGAUUGGUUGAUUUUGGGUACAAUCACAGAGACAAGAAGACACCACCGCUGCAAAUGUUUACAAGCUAAACGCAA